AUGAAUGUUGCUGAUUCAUUUUACGAAACCUUUAAUAAAUCUUUAGAAGGAUUCGCUCUGCAAACCGAAAAACUAAUAAAUGUAUCAAUAAAAUUUGCAUUAAAUUUACGAACGCAAUUUAAUCAAGCAACCGACACCUUCCAGAGUCCGAUCGAGUUCACUGAACUGCAAAUAACUCUGUUGAAGGUGUUGCUUUUGAUAUUGUUAACAAAUUUGGUAUUGAUUGGAUUUGCUUGGCGUAAAUUUGGUCAAGUUAUAACAGAAAAGUUUGUUGAACCAAGCACCUUGAAAGAAAUUGAAGAACUUAAACUUUCUGUAGCGAAACUUAAACUUCCCAAAGAGCAUUCGCCAAGAAUUUAA